UGUCGUUGCAGCGUACUUUAUCUGUGGUUACAUCAAAAAUGGAAGCUGCGGGCACUGACGCCGGCGCUAAAAAUCAUUUGCAAAAUGCUUUAUCCGAGACAGAAAUCGCGAAUUUGCCCGCAGCUGUCGCGGAUAAAAUUAACACAUACAUUGACCAGAAGUUUGAAGAAUACUUAACUUCCAAGGCGCUCCAUGAAACCAGCAAAACACAAAUAGGGGACAAGAUAUCUGAAUUGGAAGGAGCAAUAACUGAAUUGACUGCAAAGUAUGAAGAUGCUGCAAAAAAAUUGCUGGUUGCUGAUGAAUCCGUUGCAGAAUUGGAGAAGCAACUUACAACAUUAAAUGCAGAACAAGACAAAGCGCGUGAUAAAAUUGCUCGUUUGGAAAAUGAAGCCGUUUCUCUUAAAAGCGCGCGCGAUGCUGCAGUGGAUGAAAGAAAUGACUUAACACGUAUAUUGGAAAGGCGAGACACGGAAAUUGAACGGCUAACGGCCAAUGAAGCAGCGCUUUCACAACAACUGCGUGCAGCUAUUGACGCAAAAUGUGAAGCUCUUGCCCUUAAUGACGAGACCCAAAGUAAAGAGCUAGCUUUGCAGUAUCGUGAAAAACGAAUAGAACAGGAAAGAACUCUUCUUAACUCUCAAAUUUCUGGAUUGACUGAAGAAGUCAACAGACUUACUUCAGAACUACAAACCGUAAGACUGAAUAGUACCAGCAGACUAGUUAAUGUCGAAACCCAAUUAGCUGAAAAACUCGAAGAACUGAAUGCCGCCAAUGAAACGAUUGCUCAGUUAAAUGAGGUAAAAAAGAAUUUAAAUACCCGUGCCGAAAAUCUAACACAGCGCCUUCUGGAACAAAGAGAAGUUGAAAACAAAAUGACAGAUAAUUAUAAAAAAGAAUUGGAUGCCAAAACGAAAUUGGCCGAUUUAUUCAAAACUAUGCAUGAUGAUGCUGAGGCAAAAACUAUGGAGCUAACUGAAGGCAUUUCAGAACUGCAAAAGCUAUUGAAUGAAGCCACAGAAAAAUAUGGUGAAUUGGAAACGAAAUAUAAGCAGUCAGAAUUAGAUCAUGAAGAACUGAUGGAGAAAAAGAAUGAAAUCAUUUCUUCUCUAAAGAAUGAACUAGAACAUGCAAAUGACCUUUUAAAGGCUGCAAAUGCACAAAAUCUUGACAUGGCUUUAAGUGAUCUAGCUCCAUCUGCAGCUACGGCUAGCAAACUUUUGAAAUCAGGAAUGUCCUUAACUCAGAUUUAUUCACAGCUAGUAAAAGUCACAGAUGAACUAGCACAAGAAAAAGAAGAAAAUAGACGACUUAACAUAACCAUUAAUACUAUCGUUCAAGAAUUGGAAGAAAAGGCUCCAAUGCUUCAAAAACAAAAAAUAGAAUAUGAAGAAGCAAUCGAAAGUAAUACAGCAUUAUCUCAGCAAAUUGAUUCAUUGGUGAUUGAAUGCAACAGGCUAAGAGACGACUAUAAUGAGUCCUCUAAAAUUGCUAACCAUUAUAGUCGGGAAAACACUAGACUCAAAGGAGAGCUUGCAGAUUUGGGAAGACAGGUUUGCUUCUUGUUGAAGGAAAUUGAACACAGUCGCGGAGGGUUACUUCCUAAUGGCGACCAUGAUGCCUCUAAUACUGCCUCUAAUGCAACAAACUCCUCAGAUUUAAGUUCAUCUAGGAUCAUAUCCAAAACUUUGGUAACUUUCAGUGACAUACAAGAGCUACAAGCAAACAAUCAAAAACUGCUGCGCAUGGUCCGCGAUUUGACUGACAAGCAGGAAGAAUUUGAGCGACACAAAGAGCAAUUUGAGACAGGAGAAAUGCAAAAUAAAAUAGAAUCAUUGAAGAACAGAGUUCUAGAACUAACUGAAGCUCAAGACCGCCAGACUAAAAUGGUGAAUGGUCUAAUUAGACAACGUGACAUGUUCAAGAAAUUGUAUCAUGACCUUAUGAAAGGCAAACGCCACGAAAUGAGUUCCGUUUUGGAAGAUAUUGACAUGGAAAAAGGAGAUUCAUUUACUAUGGAUACUACUGAAAAACUCCAAAAACCAGCAGUGGAAACACCUGCUCUAGAAAUAAAAUUAAAAGAAACGGAGAAACACCUGGAACUAUUGAAAGAGGAAUAUAAAACAUACAAAGAAGAAAAACUAAUAAACGAGAAAAUGCUGUUUGAACAAAUUGAUAACAUGCGACAAGAGAUAUCAAAACUGACGGCGGCAAAUAGCAAAAGCUCAUCAACCUCGGAAUAUAAUAACGAGAGACUUAAAACUUUGCAAACAAAUGUUACUACUUACAAAAAGCAAAUUGCAUCACUGGAAGAAAAGAACAAAGCUUAUAAUGCGACCAUUGCUAAGCAUGAAGUUUCUCUGCAACACUUGCGGGAUGAGGCUCUGAAUGCGCAAGGUAAACUUGCUGCUGCUGAAAUACAAGUAGAAAACUUAAGAUUGGAAUGCAAAUUACUGAGAGACACUGAGUUACGGCUACAGACUGAAAAAGAAAUAUUAAAUCGAGAACGACAGGGACAAUCUUUAUUGUUGAAAAACCUUGAAUUAAUUAAGGCAAGCUUAGAGCGAGUUGAAGUUGAAACCCGCGCAAAAAUUGAGUCGCGCUUGGAUGAAGCAACGAGAGAAUGCUCUGCUUUAAGAAGGAGGCUACAGGAAGAACAAGACAGAUUUAGAGAAUUAGCGUCGCAUCUUGAACGUCAAACUGAAACCGCAAAAUCGCGUAUGCAGGAAGAAAAAGAUGCAGCAGACCAACUGAGAAAGGAAAUGGCACAACUACGUGCAGAUUUCUCUGAAAAAAAUAAAGCUAAUGAAGAACUUGCAAAGAAACUUAAGAUUGCGUUGACACCUAAUUCAGAUGGUUCGUUUGAUUCUAUGAAGAAGAUAAAAGAGUUGGAAAAUAAACUUUCAGACAGAGAGGCAGAAAUCCAGUCUCUACAAGCACAGUUGAAUGUAGCAAAGGAACACAUUAAACAAUACUGUGACAUAUCAGAAGGCGCCGAAAAAGAGCUUAAAACACUUCAUACUGAGUAUCAAACAUAUAAGUCUGAAACAGAGGCGAAACUUUCUGACUAUACACAAAAAUUACAACACCUUGAAGAAAAAUGUGGUGAACUUGAAGCAGAGCUUACUCUACAAGCUAAUGGAGAGCAUUCUACUAGUAAUAAUGCUCUUAGGCGAGAGCUAGCAGAAGCUAAAGAAGAAUUAAAGACUGUAUUAGCUAAUUAUGAUAAUUCCCAGUCGGAGCUAGCAGCCAUGCGAGCAGAGAUAGCUAAAAUGUCGGAAGCUGUCACUAAUGCUGAAGAAAAAUAUAAUCAUGAAAUGAUGCUUCAUUCAACUGACAUUCAGGCUUUGUCUAAUGUGAAAGAAGAAUUAUCUAGACUUCAAAAUCAAAUUAAUGAAUUAGUUGCGUUAAAAAAUAAUGCUGUUGAGAACUUAGAAACAGAAAAAGCUGCUUGGGCUGAGAGAGAAAAAAUGAUUGCUGCAGAAAACGCGCAGUUGAUGGAGCGGUUUAAGGAUCUGAAUGACCAGAAUUCAUUGUUACAUAACCAGAUUCAAGCAUUAGGCACUCAGUUGUCCGUUACGCAUGCCUCAAGAUCCAUGUCGGAAAGCAUGAACGAAUCAGCCAAUGAUUCGUCUAUGAAUGUUUCGGUUUCUGAAGAAGAUGGAAAGUCGUCAGAGCAAUUGUUCCAAAUUGUAAAGUUCCUUAGGAAAGAAAAAGAUAUUGCUAUGGCGAAAUCUGACAUUCUCAACGCAGAGAACAUGCGGCUGAAGUCGCAGUUGGAAAUUGCGGAGAAACAACUCGAUAGUGCCAAGUUGGCGUUAGCUACCGAAAGAGAAAAAUCUGAAGUAAGCAUGGUGACUGUGAACAAGCAAUCUGAUAUUCUAAGAAAAGUCGAAACACUCAAUGCUUUGACAGAUAGCAACAGAAUUCUUAGAGAAGAACGUGAUACUUUAACAAGUCGCGUAGAGGAACUGACUGCAUCAACCAGGCAGCUUGAAGAAAAAUUAGCUCCACUGCAGGAAAAAAUCAAUGACAUGACUUCAAAGAAUGAGACAUUACAAUCUGAAAACACAUCACUAAAAGCAGAUUCUGCUCGUUGGCGAACUCGUGUCAACGCUUUAGUCGAACGCGCCAACAAAACGAGCCCAGAAGACUGGAAGAGGCUUCAAAAUGAAAGGGAGACUCUAGCUAAGAUGUUAACCAGCGAAAAAGACAACACCAGAAAGGCAAAUGAGGAGCUUGGGGCACUUAGAGUCGAGAAGAGUAAGCUAGAAGAGCAAUAUACAGUAUUAUCGCGGCAGCAAAGUACUUUGGUCGAAGAAAACAAGAGGUUAACAGAGGAAAUAAAUACACUCAGGGAUGACAUGGCUAGAGUUACUGAAGAACUUACAAAGGUGAAGGCAGAGCUUGCUACAGCUCUUGAAACAAACGCUAAGCUUACUGAAGAAGUAGCCAGUAAAGAUGCUUCUCUCAAUGAUAUUAGAAACAAGGAAAUGCAAAUUAGAAAGAUAGCUAAGAAAUACAAGGUGCAGUAUGAAGAAUUAGCUAAGACUGUUGAAGAAGAAAAGAAGAAGACGGAAGGGGAAGCUGCAGCCGCCGACGCUGCUUCGGCCGAGAGCGCCAAGAAGAUGGAUGCACAACUCACUGAAAUACAAGCUCAAUUAGAAGCUGAGAAAGCCAAUAAUGAGAAAUUAAAACAGGAAAUUGAAAGUCUCAGAACGGCAAAUACUGAUAAAGAAGAGAAGGCCAAAGUAGUAUUGAAACAAGCUAAGAAUAAGAUAGUUCAAUUGACUGAGCUGAAAAAUACACUGAGUCGCGAAUUGGACGAAUCGCGUACAAAAAUAGGUGCUAUUGAGCAAAGUAAUCGUGAUGAGCAAGACGUGAGGUUGGCUCUGAUUAAGUCGCAGUACGAGGGCCGCGUGUCUCGACUCGAGAAGGAGCGAACGGAGGCUCAAGCGGAAAAGACUCGAGAGAUCGAAGCGCUACAACAGAAGAUUACGAUGCUGCAACGGCAGCUUCAGAGCCAAGCCUCGGCGUCCAAGCAGCAGACUACCACCGAGAAAACCACGACGGACCCGCCCACGGCCAAUAUCAAACCGAUGGCUGGCGUAGCCCAACAGAGCGCACACACGAUGGCGCGCGGGCGCGGCGGCGAGACGCCGCUCGCGUCCAUCCGGCCCAUGGCGCAGGUGGGCCCCACGGCGCCGCACGACGCGCACACCACCGAGUACAUGCCCGCCUCCUCCUCGCGCCCGCUGCCCCGCGCCGCCCUAGCCGCGUCCACCGCCCCGCCCGAAUCCACGCAGGAUAUGGACACCAGUGAAGCUGGUAUGGGCAGUGCGGGUUCUAGCGACAGUUCUGCGCAACCUUCGUCGCAUUCCCAAGCUCCACAACAAGCCGUAGCACUAGUGAUGCCGCGUAUCGAGCAGCCGAGCGGCGCGAGCUCCGGCGCGGCCGUCUCCGGCUCGGCGUCCGCCGCAGUCACCAGCGUAGCUGCACCAGCUGCCCCUGCUGCUUCGUUACAAGGCGCGAGCAGCGGCACGCCCACCUCCGCCGCCAGCGCCCAGCCCUCCGGGGGCGUCAGCACGUCGCACGCCCCGGCCGGCGUCAGCACGUCGCACGCCCCGGCCGGCGUCAGCACCUCGCACCCGCCGGGCGUCAGCACCACGCACCCGCCGGGCGUCAGCACGUCGCAGCCGCCGCCGGGAGUGAGCACGUCGCAGCCGCCGCCCGACGCGCGCCCGCCCAAGCGCAGGCUCCAGUCGCGCCCCGUCACCGCCAAGCGGACCAGGGUGCAGGGCUUCGAACGGUCAGUGGAAGUAGAGUAUCAGGUGCCGACGUCGUCGCGCUGCGACCAGGACGACGAGGGCGUCAUCGUCGUCGACUCCGAGGAGGACGACGAGCGCUGCUCCGGCACCAUGUACAGGGAAGGUGAAGAAGACGAGGAGGAUAUGGAGGAGGAGCAGGAAGUGGAGGCCGGCGAGGAGGAGGAGGAGGAGGUCGAGGAGGGCACCGACGGAGAUGCCAGUGCAGCGCAUCAGGAAUCCCCCGCGCAGUCGCCGAUGGGCGGGUCGGAGGGCGAGCUGAGCGGCGCCGGCGCCGGCGAGCCCGACUCCGAGCCCGCGCCGCAGGGGCCGCAGAUCGAAGCCAUCAGCAGCGGCACCGAACCCAGCGGAGCUCUGUCACUCGGCGGCAGCGGCGGUGACGACGGCGACGACAGUAUUGUUCCCUCCACCCCCACCCUCUACGUGCCGAGACGAAACGACGGGUUCGGCGAGGCGGUGGUGUCCCCGCUGGGCGCGGGCGGCGCGACGGGCCCCUCGGGCGGGGCGGGCGCGCGCUUCACGUUCGCGGAGGCGGGCGCGGCCUCGCACCACGACACGCACGCCGACCUGGCCGCCGCGCUGCCGCCCGCCAUGCCGCAGCCCAGCCCCGCCAUCUCCGACUCCCGAUCGGAAGGCAAUGAGAGUCGCGAGUGGGAGGAAUCUCGCGUGGAGGAGGAGGCCGCAGCUGUCAGCUCUCAAGGCAGUGAACCCUCGUCUCCACACCAGGUCGCCGAAGAGGGCCGCGAGGCGGAGGCGAGCGCCCCGGCGGGAGCGCCGCGCCGCGGGCCGCCGCCGCGCGCGCUGUCGCCCCACCAGCGCUGGAUGCGAGCCGCCGAUAGUGAAAGCGGACCCAGGGGGCGCGGCAUGAGGCCCCGCGGAAGGCCUUCGCGGAGGGCUCACUAUAGAUACUAAGAAUGACAUAUUCAUAUUUCUUCCCACAUACAUAACAUAUUCAUAAUUAUUUUCUUAAUAAUAAGUCUGGUAUUAGUUCCACGUACUUUGUUGUUGUGGAUAUAAUAGAAAUGACUGUAUUGCUGCUCCUGUGAUCGAGUGAAUGCGUGAAUAAAAGGGGAUGACAUAUUAUUUAGUAUUAAAGAUAUACCUAAUGUCUUAUUGAACGAGGCGUCAUAUAUCGUUCAAUGCGUUAAAGGGCCCCCGAGAUAGACUACCCGUCUUUUUCUAACUGUACUAAUUAAAAGAGGGACGUGGUCUAUCUUGCGGGUAGGUUACUGUCGGGCCCUUCCUGUGCUUGGCCUACAGUAGCAAAAAUAAAUAAUCUGCCUAUAACCCUUUCACUGCGCAUAAAGGAAAAUAUUUGUUAUGCGCUUAAGGUCAUAUCGGUAAGAUAUAAGCCGCGCAGUGAAAGAGUUAUUGCCUGAUUACGUUGACAUAAGAUUUGACAUAAUAUGGUAUGGUACCUAUUAAAGUAGUUCUAACGGAGUAAUAUAAACAGCUUUGCGAAAUUUCUCCAAUUUGGUUCAUACUAAGUGAUACUUAAUGUAAUGUUUCAUGGUGGGUUUCUAGUUUUUUAAUACAUGUAAGUAUAUUAUUUAUAACAUUUAAAGGUUACAAACGAUCCUUUAUUGUAUGUCAAGCUUUUUCUGUAAAACUCGUCACAUGUAUCAUUUUAUUAAGUACUUGCAGGAAACUUUGUCGUGUCAAAAUGAGAAGCUUUAGUUCUUUAGGAUGGUAUUCCACUUGUCCAAUGUCAUUGCGUCUCACUUUCUCAAAAUGCAAAAUGUGAAAUGCAAAUACACAUCGACCAAGAAAUUGGACAGGUGGAUAACCAAUCUUAGUGGUUUCAUGGUUAAUAAUAUAAUGCACCGGUAUGUGACAUUCAAAUUCGUUAAAUUAGUAAUUGAUUAAUGUAUCCAAUUAAAAAAAACAUGAUAAAUAAGUCAUUAUUAUAAAGUAAGUUAAACAAAGCAAUUCCAUUUGUAAUAAUUUCCUUAUAAUUUACCAAUAAAAAACUUAAAAGUU